CAUGAGGUCAGAGUUUACCGGAAGCCUUUGGCUGCUGCCGGGAGACAUAACAACGCCAAAAAAAUCCCCUACAAUAGUCGUAUAGUGUGCACUUUGACAUAUGUCUGCAUGGACGAAAGGUUUUAUUGUGCUCCGCUCGACUGGACGAAUGAAAAAAUGUCUGCUCCGUGUUGAGACGAGCGCAUAGAACUGACUUUAAACCCGGAAGUGGAGUAGCAGCAGUGAGUGCAGCAGGUGUUAGCCUAGCCGCUAACACCCUUUAUAACUUUUAAAUCCCGUAAAAGAGACUGCUUUUGUGUUAGAUCGUUAUUUUCACACUCAUUCUGUCCGAGAACAUCGCAGAAAUAGCCUGCCAUGCAUGUCAGUGCUGAAACGCGCUUAUCGGAGUAUAAACUGGGUGAGAUGUGAGAACAUUGUGAUGCACAGAUCCAGUUGUCAGAUACUGUCCACUCUCAUCUCAUCAAUGGGAUUCUGAUUAGAUCGAUCAAUCAUUCUGAUCUACUCUGGGUCAUUCAGGAGCCUGCAGACAUGAGUGGCAAAUUUGGCCUUGUGAAUUACAGCUCGAGGAAGCACAUCUCCAUAACUGUGCCUUCAUCCACAGAGGUGAUGUCUCCUCAUAUCAAAUCAGUGGAGGAGCUCAGAGUACUCGGCAUUAACUUGAACAGCUUCAACACACCAACACAGUUCUUCAUCUGUGUGGCUGGUGUCUUCCUCUUUUACCUCAUCUACGGCUACCUGCAGGAGCUAAUAUUCUCAGUGGAGGGCUUUAAGCCAUUUGGCUGGUAUCUGACUUUGGUGCAGUUUGGAUUUUACUCCUUGUUUGGCUUGGUGGAGUUGCAGCUCACUCAAGAUAAAAGGAGGAGGAUACCAUGCAAAACUUACAUGAUCAUAGCAUUUUUAACGGUUGGGACCAUGGGCCUAUCUAACACUUCUUUAGGAUACUUGAACUAUCCUACCCAAGUCAUCUUUAAGUGCUGCAAACUCAUUCCUGUCAUGAUCGGAGGAGUUUUUAUACAAGGAAAACGCUACAACGUUGCGGAUGUCUCUGCUGCUCUGUGCAUGAGUCUCGGUCUGAUUUGGUUCACACUGGCAGACAGUAAGAUUGCACCUAACUUCAAUGUAACGGGGGUUCUUCUUAUAUCUUUGGCUCUCUGUGCGGACGCUGCUAUUGGAAAUGUGCAGGAAAAAGCCAUGAAACUCCAUAAUGGAAGCAAUUCUGAGAUGGUCUUAUAUUCCUAUUCUAUUGGUUUUGUGUAUAUUCUGUUGGGUCUGCUGUCCUUAGGGGGACUUGGACCUGCUGUGUCUUUUUGCGCUCAGCAUCCAAUGACAACAUAUGGUUACGCAUUCCUCUUUUCACUGACGGGCUAUUUUGGCAUUUCAUUUGUGCUGGCAUUAAUCAAGUUGUUUGGAGCACUGGUUGCUGUCACAGUGACUACAGGACGGAAAGCCAUGACUAUUGUUUUGUCCUUUCUCUUCUUUUCAAAACCUUUCACUUUUCAAUAUGUGUGGGGCGGUCUUCUCGUCGUGUUUGGCAUCUUCCUGAACGUUUACAGUAAAAACAAAGACAAAAUGAAGCUUCCCUCUUUAGCAGAGCUCAGAAAACGAGUGCUCAGUGGGAGGAAAGUACGCCUGCUGUCUCAGGACGUGUAGGAGGAUGAACUCAAACGUUUUAUUGAUUGGGCUUCUCCUACGUGUUACAUCGGCUGAUGCUCAGGUGUAGUUUGGAGUCCAAGAUGGGACAGAUGACCACACACACAGCUAAAUCAGCACACAUGGAGCUUGGGGACCUAUUUAAAUCAAAGGGACAUGAACUAGAGCCAAAAAAGCAAAGAUUUGCACUUGACAGGGGUGGAAACUGAAGAUGGCUUUUGUGUAUGGAAACAAGAUUAUGUCCAAAUGAAUGUGGGCCUUAAGGAGCCAGGGACAUUUAAAAUGACAACAUUUCACCUGCAUGUGCCGUAAAACACUGUUAACGGUUGAUGUGUAAGUCACGACUGCGGCUGCACAGGUGAGAAGAACUCAAUGUUAUUCUGUCUGAUUUAAGGGCUGAAGUUCGGAAAAGCAUCAACUUAUCAGCUGCCGUAUUUGCUAAUCAUUUGUUUGGUGAAAGGUGGCUGUUUUUACAUUAAAAACAAACUGGGAAGUUGA